UUUGUCAAUUAUUCCCGCCCAUUUAGCUGAACAGUAAUCCGAAAGCGUAUGGGGAAAGCUAAGCGGUUCCUUUUUUUUCUAAAGGCUCAAACGCCAUUUAUCCUCUCAUGUCUCUCAGAUGGGCAGAGACGUGCGCCGCCGCUCUCAUCUUCGGCCGGAGUCCGUCCCGUGGUUCCUCUGAAUUAUGGGUUCUAUCCCGCCCGUUGGCCAUUCUCUUCCACGACCGCACAACGGCAAUGAAGAUUGGUUUUCUUCAUCUUCAAGCGAAAAAGAAUCUGAAGAAUCUAAGGUAAAAUCAAGAGAAUCGUCCGCUCCAUCUCUGAUAAAAAAAUAGCAGGGGAGGGCUGCGUGAAAUAGCCUUGACCUAGGGUUAUGACCCCAGCCAUGGAUUGUGACGAGAAAGACGAUUGGCCUACUGAUGCAGGUGAAUUGAAUUGGGGUUUUGUUUAUAGGGUGAUUCAAAAGAUGUCUUCUCCCUUAUAUUCUUUGGGUGGAAAACAUUUCAAAAAAGGCAUGAAGAUGUGGCAAUGGCUAUGCAUCUUGAUUCGAAAAUCGCACCUUGAAUCUGUAAAAGACGUCUACAAGUAGUAUGUGCGGUAUAGUUGUGCCUUGAAUAAGCCAACUGGGGUCGAGACACAGAGACUACAACUUUGAGCUAGGGUUUGUCAGUUCUUCUACUUCGAUCUCAAUUUACGGUUCUAAAUCUUUCUCCAUGGCUAUUUCUUUUCACUUUGCAGUUUAUUUUUUAUUUUUUUUCUUAUUUCAAAAACUAAUAUGGUCCACCGUAGCAAAAUGGGGACAGGCAAAGAAGAUGGGCCAUGAUAUACCAGGUAAAAUGUUUUUAUUCGGUGUGCUAUUGAAUAAAUUAAAGAUUUUUUAGGGUUUUCUAUAAGUAAUCCAGUGUCUUGGAAGCAUGUUACCCAGAUAGUAUGUUUAGAAUUUAAAAUUGGAAGCUUGAUUGAAUUCUGUGUUCUUUUUUAUUAAUUUUUUUCAAUAUUUAAAGAUAAAGCUUUGGUCUAUCGUAUUGUCAUCUUCCAACAAUGUGAAUGAUACGGUAAUUGUGUUCCCUUUAUGAUACCCUGGAAGUAUGAUCGGAAUUUAAAAUUGGAAGCAUGAUUGAAUUCUUUGUCUUUUUUUCUUUGUAAUUUUAUUCAAUAUUAAAGCUAAAGCUUUGCUUUGUUGUAUUCUCAACCUCAACCUCAGUCAAUGUUGUCAAGUAAAGAGAAAGGUAUGUUUACUUUAUUCUAAUGGAUUGAUUUUUUAAGUAAACACUCAUUUUUUUCAUUAGUUCAUUUUAUUAUUCGUGGUAGCAUUAUUCCUUUUCUUUUUGCUAUGAUAAUUUUUUUCAGUGACCAAUAUGUAUCAAGGACAUAAAUGACAAUAACCAUCUCAUGAUUUCUACAUGGUGUUCGUUUUAAGUUAUUACUAUGCUGCUAACUUUUGGUAAAAAGAUACUGGAAAGGUAUUUUUUUAGUGAUUCAAUGAAGGUGGAAUAACUUAAAGCUUUUUUCAGAAUCAAGUAAUGACAAAGGUAUGUUUACUCAAUUCUAAUGGAUUGGUUUUUUUCAUAAACACUCAUAUUCUUCGUUAGUUCAUUUUAUUGUUCGUACUUCGUAGUAGUGAGAUUAAUACUCCAUGAAAAGCUUUUCCAACCAACUUUUAAAACACUACUUUUUGAUUUACUUCACAUACUUAGUUGAAGAAAACAUGGUCUUAAUUGUUUAGUACUCCAUGACAUGGAGUAGAAAAAAGGUAGGGGUUGAAGUCAUCAUUUGGUUGGAGUUGCUAGAAAAGAUCAAUUUAACUCCUUUUUUAAUACAUACUCAUUUGUAAUACGGAGUAUAUUUUUCCAAGGUAGAGAGGGAUGACACUGAGUGACACGGUCCCAGUUGUAUGAGAUUUUUAAAACACAACCUUCAAAGGUGUUAUAGCUAUUUAUUUUUAAAGUAGCUUUGAGAAUUCAUGUGAUCCUCAAACACUUAACUCAAUUUAUUAAUAGUCUACAUGACUCUUCUUUAUCAAAAUAGUAGAAUGCUUUUAUUGUCAUAUAAAUUUGGGGCUUUUUUUACCGAUUGAUAAAAAAUGGGGAUUUCUUAAAACUGCAGUUAUGCAAAUGAAUUGUUAAUUUGUUCGUGUAAAUUAUUUUUGAGAGAAAACAAUUUAGGGAUGGUUCUGCAUGGUUGGGCAAAUUUACUUUACUCAAAAUAACUCUCUUGCUCUAUGUUUGUUGUAGUGAAUAGAAGAGACCUUACUCUGAUGCAUAUUUCGAAUAAGAGGAUGAUGGUUCAAGGUGGGGACGAGUAGUAUGAAUCUUACAUUCAAAUGCUUAGUGCAACUUCGCUACAGCUUUACUUUCAUUUAAUUUUGGAGCAAAUGUGUUGUUUGAAAUGCCAUAGCUUAUUACCAUGUAUUUUUUUCUCACCGAAAUUGAUGUUAUU